UCGUACAUUAUCCUUUGAUCACGAAGUCAACUCAACUGUCAACAAGAAGUGUACCUUCUCACGUCAUCUAGUGUGUUGAUGAAGGUGUAAGAGUAAAGGAUACAUUGAUAUAUAAUUCCUGGAAUCGUCAACUACAGCCCUCAGCGCAACUUCGCAAGACCCUCCAACCAAGGCAACCCAUCACCUUGAACUACAAAUAUAACACCAUCAUCAAAUUAGCCAGAGAACCACCAUUCGCCGCACCGACACCACCACCACCAUCAUGGGCAUCCACCUAAUCCUCACCGGGGGCACCGGUCUCGUCGGAUUAUCCGUCAUCAGCCAUAUUCUCUCCCUCCCAGCCGGCAAAACCGCCGCCUCACAAACGAUAUCCAAACUCACCAUCCUCACACGCAACACAUCAAUCCCCCUCCUAGAACCAACACCUCCCAAAGGAACCCCCACCGCCAACAAAGUCACCCAGAUCGAAGUCCUCAAACACGACGAUUUCAACACCUACUCGGACGAUCUCCUUUCCAAACUCAAAGGCGCCGACGCAUGCAUCUGGGCCCUUGGCAUCAGUCAAAGCGACGUCGACAAGGAGACAUAUGUCCGCAUCACCAAAGACUAUGCACUUGCCGCGGCCGAAGCCUUUGGGAAAUUGAAAGCCACGAAUUCAACAACCACAACAUCAACAUCAACACCAUCAAAACCGGAGGCCGACGGUACUGCCAGCAAAUUCAAAUUCAUCUACGUCUCUGGCGAAGGCGCAACCCUGACUCCCGGGCGCUUCACACCGAUCUUCGGCCGCGUAAAAGGCGAGACGGAAGCGGCAUUACUCGCCAUGUCGAAGAGUCCCGCAUUUGAGAAAUCACUUUCUGUUUACUCUGUGAGACCGGGGGGUAUUGACGGUGCAGCGCAACCGUGGAUUUGGAACCAUGUCAUGCAUGAGAAACGGUCGGCAUUUAGACGUGCGCAAUUGGUGGCGCUUAUGGCGCCGACGAGGGUUUUGUAUCGGUCGAUGCAUUCGCCGACGGAGAGUUUGGGUCAGGUUUUGGUCGAUAUGGCGUGUGAUCAAACGAUUGAGAAAUAUGAUGGCGUGGGUGUGAGUGGAGAGGGACAUACGCUUUCGAAUGUCAAGUUGAGGGAGUUGGGUGGGUUGUCGUGAU